AUGCUACUUAUUCUAGUUUUUCGUAUAUUACAAAAUUAUCGACAAUUUUUAAAUAAAUUAUUAAUAUUUAACGAUAUAACAGUAACCGAUGAAAUCUCAGUGAAAAUUUGUCAAACAAUUUCAUCAUCCUCAUCAUCGAUUAGUGAUUAUUUAUCAGAAAUGUCAUAUUCAUCUAAAACUAGCCGUCCAUAUCAACAAUCAUCAAAAAAUUUAAUGCAAUUUACUGAAAUAUAUCCAACAAAUGAUAAAUUAUCAGGACCAUCACCUAGAAGUGGUCAUCGAGCUGUUAUAACCGAUUCUGAUCUAUGGUUAUGGGGUGGCUAUUUUCCACGUCAAGUAAAUCAAAAUGAAUCAAUGUUUCGAGAAUUAUGGAGAUAUAAUUUUGCCAUGAAACGAUGGACAAAAGAAGAAACAGCUGGUGAUGGUCCAUCAUUAACAUUAGCUUCACAUGCUGUUUGUCUUCAUCGAAAUCUAAUGUUUGUAUUUGGUGGAACGGGUUUUCCAUUUGGUCAACACGGUUCAAAUGAUCUUUAUACAUUGAAUUUAAAACAACGAAUAUGGAAACGUCAUAAAUUAUUGAAAGAACCACCGGGAAAAGUAUAUGGAGCGAGUAUGUUAAUUAAAGAUAAAUAUUUAUAUAUUUUAUGUGGAACAAAUAGUUUACAAUAUAAUUCUGAUGUAUAUCAAAUUAAUUUAUCAACAAUGGAGAGUAAAAAAAUUGGACAUACAUUUGAUGAAAUUGAAGAACCAUCUGAUGCGGGACGAUAUCGUCAAGAAGUUGUAUUACACAAUGAUAAAAUAUUCGUUUUUGGUGGUGGAGGAAUUUCAGGCAUCUCUUUUUCAUUGAAACUGAUUCCCAUAUUUGAUCUCGAUACACAUCUGUGGUCAUUUUGUAAAACGACACCGGAUCCUGUACAUAGUUAUCCGUCUGAAAGAAAAUUUCAUAGUGUAUUUAAAAUAAGUGAAAAUCGUUUAUUAAUGUUUGGUGGUGCACAUUUUGAUACUCAAUUAAAUCAACAUGUUUUAGUCGAAAAACAUUUAUGGUCAUUUGAUUUAAAUAAAUUAGAAUGGACAAUGUUACCGAUAGAAAUGCCAAUGCCAACUUAUUUUCACGCAUCUGCAAUAAAUCAACGUGGCGAAAUAUGGACACAUGGCGGCGUUUUAUUAACGGAUAAUGAUCAUGAUAGUGAUGAAAUAAAUGAAAGACGUAUUUCAAAUUUAUUUAUGAUUUAUGUUCGUCCAAUGACUCUACAAGAAAUAGCAUGGUCUAAUUUUGUAACAAAAAUUCUUGAUAAAAAUAUAUUAAAAAAACAUUCGUUAUUAUUACAUUCAAUGAUCCCACAAAAAUUUCUUAAUAGAAUGCAUUGA